AUGCACCAAAUAAGAUAUGCAUGUGAAAUACUCAAGACAUUUGAGAUGCAAGACUGCAACCCAACUUCGACUUCAUCUGAGUCCAGAUUGCAACUGUCGAAAGACUCAGAUGAAGAUGAUGUCGAUCCAAUGCAGUACAAAAGACUCAUUGGGUCACUUAGAUGUCUCUAUCACACAGGGCCAUAUUUAGCCUAUUGUGUAGCCAUGAUCAGUAGAUUCAUAGAGAAUCCAAAGGUAUCUCAUCUUGCAGCCACCAAGAGGAUACUAAUGUGUCUCAAAGGAACACUCGACUAUGGUAUUUUGUUUCCUUCAGUCGAUGAAGGAAAAGAAUGCAAGCUUGUGGGCUACACUGACUCUAGUUGGUAUGGUGAUGUUGAAUAUAGAAAAUUAACAGUAGGAUAUUUGUUCAUGUUAGGUGGUGUGUCAUUUGCAUGGAGUUCGAGAAAGGAACCAGUGGUAGCUUUAUCAUCAUGUGAAGCUGAAUACAUAGUAGUUUCUCUAUGUACGUGCCAAGUAACAUGGAUGAUGAAUCUAGUCUAA